AUGGUGUCUUCGAAGGGACUGUGGAAAGAGAGGCCUUCAGCCCACACCUCUGAAUGCUUUUCCACCACAGCAUGCCCUGUGGCCUUUAUCCUGCUGGUGUGGAACAGUCAGACCCCUGCAGGGCUGCAGAGCCUCUGUACUGGGCGGCAUCCCAGCCUGAGUGCCAGAGCUCAGAGGGCAGGCCCCCGAGCAAGCAGAGAGGAGGGCACCUUUUGGACAGAACGUGUGGGACAAGAGCGAUGGCUCAUCCGUUCAGGUUCCUCACAAAAUGAGAGUCAGGAAGAUCAGGGCACCGGCCUGAUUUCCCAGGCAGGGCUGAAAGCAGACAACCGGAGGAAGAGCAGCCCCUGGGCCAGUGAGGUAGAAGACAGAAGACCACAGUGUACUCCUGCCCUCAACCUCACCCCCUCCCACCCACAUCCUCCACACUCCCUGACCACCUUCCUCAGAAGUGUAAUAGGAAUCCAGGUUCCCCCUGGCCUGGUUGCUGCAGUAGGCACAGUAGCCUGAUGGAGCCUGAGGCAGGUGUGGGAAGAUGUGGAUUGUCUAACUGGAGGUUGGGAGUCCAAGGUGUAGAAGCAGCUUGGAGUGCAGGAUUUGGUGGUAUGUGUGUGGCAGUAGGCAAAAGAAAGAGACAACUGGCCGGGCGCGGUGGCUCACGCCUGUAAUGCCAACACUUUGGGAGACCGAGGCGGGCAGAUCACGAGGUCAGAUGAAGACCACGGUAAAACCCCGUCUCUACUAAAAAUACAAAAAAUUAGCCGGGCGUGAUGGCGGGUGCCUGUAGUCCCAGCUACUGGGGAGGCAGAGGCAGGAGAAUGGCGUGAACCCAGGAGGCGGAGCUUGCAGUGAUCUGAGAUCGCGCCACUGCACUCCAGCCACUGCACUCCAGCCUGGGUGACAGAGCAAGACUCUGACUCAAAAAAAAAAAAAAAAAAGAAAAGAAAAGAAAAGAAAAGAAAAGAAAGAGACAACUGAGCCUCUUGAAAUACCAUGAGAAUUCAAAUUUAGAAAAUUCCCGGGGAACUAUGCAUGCAGGCACUCAACAGAUCCACAAAACAGCUGCUGCA